AUGGCUCGUGGCACCCUUCGCUCUUUGCACUCGUACCUCGCUCUGUCCGUCACCUGGCUCUGCGUGAAACCUGGCAGCUGCGUGAAACCUGGCAGCUGCGUUCCAGACGUCAGCGGGUUGCGACGCGGGCUCGUCAGAUCCGACGGCGCAUGCGAGGUCGAGCUGGACCAGCAAGCAACUGAAAAUGUGGCUGACCAGGACGGCUACUUCUCUGUGCACGUUUCCCCCCGAAAAUGCGGUCGGGGACAAAAUCUUCUUGUUCUCAUCGGCCGAUCCGCCGACGCCGCCUCAAAUAACGAAGCGCACCGACCAGUUGCGCCAGGCCCUGGCGGUAACCCAAGUCGUCUGCGCAGCCAAGUAGCAGCUGCUGCCGCAAAUGCCAUCAGAUACAAAGACGAUGUCCUCGAAGGGGUGCGCAAUAAUGGCUCCCAGACCCAGACGUAG